AGUGUAAAAUUACAAGAUCACCCACUUCACUCGGCUCCGUCAUCAAAACGCGGACGGGUCGAUCGCGUCGCCACCACGCAGCGUCGUUCGUCCGCCACAUAGUUACCAGCAUCGCGGUGCAUCCCUACGGCGCAGGUGAGCGAGUCCUCUGGUGCGAACGGGCCCGGCGCCAUCAUGUCUGCUCCAGCCACGGAAGGGGCCGCCGCGACGGCGCUCCGCUCGGUGCUCACCCGGGCCCAGCAGGCGGCGGAGCGAUGCGGUCGGUCGCCGGAGCAGGUUCGAGUGGUGGCGGUCAGCAAGACGAAGACCGUAUCCCUCAUCCGCCAGGUCUACGAUGUCGGCCACCGUUGCUUCGGUGAGAAUUACGUCCAGGAGAUCGUCGAGAAGGCCCCUCAGCUUCCUUCGGACAUUGAGUGGCAUUUCAUUGGUAACUUGCAAAGCAACAAAGUGAAAUCCCUUCUUGCUGGUGUUCCAAAUCUUGAUAUGGUUGAGAGCGUAGAUGAUGAAAAGAUUGCUAAUCAUCUUGAUCGUAUGGUUGCUAGCUUGGGAAGGAAGCCUCUGAAGGUCUUGGUGCAAGUGAAUACUAGUGGAGAAGAUUCAAAAUUUGGUGUUGAUCCUUCAUAUUGUGUCCAACUGGUGAAGCAUGUGAAACUUGGGUGCCCAAACCUCAUUUUUGCUGGUCUAAUGACAAUCGGGAUGCUGGACUACUCUUCCACUCCAGAAAACUUCGAGAUUGAAAUGGGGAGUACAAAUGUUCGGAUUGGAUCGACGAUAUUUGGAGCAAGAGAGUACCUAAAGAAGGACAAAAGCCAGAGUGCUGUCUUCGUGUCUGGCACCGAACAAUGUGUGGCUACGAGUUUUAUCUUCUUUGACAGUGGAAACUAUUAGGAUAUGACAUUUGCAUCAUAAAUUCUCGCUACGUAAUGCGGUAAAUUUUUUUCUUCUGAUACCAUUUUUUGCAUUGUUCUUAUCAAAUGCCACAAUUUACGACCUCUGCCUUUUUCUUUUUUUUUUCAAUCAAGUAACAUCAUAAAAUAUUAAGAAAGAAUAUAUUUCAAGUUUUUAAGUGAUGAGGAAAUAAUCUUGUAGGAGGAAUAUAUAAAAAGAAGUCUCGACAACGGAAUUAUUACUAAAUAUCAUGAAUUGUAACGGUGAGGACAUAUACAAUUGACCAACUUAAAGUAGUAAAUGGUUUCAACUUAAUUGGUUUUUUUUAUUUUAAAUUUUAAUCAUAGUCUGGUUAAAUAUAUCCUAAUUGACGAUGGCUUAUGCGAUCAUUCAUUCUUUUCUCAUAAUUGUCUCUAUCUCACUAUCUUUGCAGCACACUUGUCUUCGUUGCUGUCGCAUUGCCCUUUGCUAGUUUCCUCUGUCAUUACCUUAGCAAAAGGGGUUACAAGUAAGAGUGCGCAAGUUGCCCCUUCACCCAUUGUCUUUAUCAUUACUAUCACUAACCUUAAAGGAGGUGUUGUGAGUGAAGAAGGAGAAGGCAUGAGGGCGAAGAUGAUGAAAGUGAGGGCAACGAUAAUAAUAGAGGAACAGGGAAGAAGAGGCAAGGAUUAACGUGUAAUGGUACAAGAUGAUGAUCGGAGCAAUAUCAUCAUUUAUUAAAAAAAAUAUUCU